AUGAAUUACGCAGAUUGCUUUUCGUACGGAUGCAUUCCUGCAGAUGGUGCCAAUCAUCUCGUCACGGUUUACAACAGGAUGAUGCCGGGACCUCAGAUCGAGGUCUGCAUAUAUGAUACGGUGAUCGUAAGAGUGCACAACGAACUUGGGGACGUCGCAACAUCGAUUCAUUGGCACGGGAUGCACCAGAGAUACACGAAUUACAUGGACGGUGUCCCUUUCAUUACUCAGUGUCCCGUGCAUCCGAACAACGUGUUCCAGUAUAGAUUUGAGGCAUUCCCAAGCGGCACCCACUGGUAUCACUCUCACAUUGGUAAUCAAAGGGUGAACGGCGCUUACGGAGCUUUAAUUGUGCGGGAACCGAAUCAGGACAACGUGCAAAGAAGUUUGUACGAUGUGGACAGCUCGGAUCACGUCAUCGUCCUUUUGGAAAUCAACGAAAGGUCUCCGGACGUAUUGUUCUACGAAGAAUACAGAUUGAGGCAGUUUCCUGAGAACGUUGUUACCGCAGUUCUCGUUAACCGUUUCGGUUGGGAUGAAAACAACGCAAUACCACCAGCCAGAUUCAACGUGCAAAGGGGAUUGAGGUACAGAUUUAGGUUCGUCAACGGUGGUUUCAGGGUUUGCCCAAUCAAGAUUACCAUCGACAACCAUAACAUGACAGUAAUCAGUUCAGAUGGUUACGACACAACUCCUUACACUGUCCAAACGCUUUAUAUAAAUAAUGGAGAAAGGUUUGAUAUCGUGGUGACUGCCAAUCAGGACGGGGGUACCUUCUGGAUGCGGUUCUUGGGUUUGAUGGAUUGCGAAAACAAGGAAGGAAGGGCUAUCCUGCGGUACGUCACUGAUCCGAACGCUCCAGAACCGGCGAUUCUUCCGGAACCUACGACCAACGCAACUGCAAAUGCUGGAAUGAUCAUGAAUUGCAUCAAUGUGCCGAACGAUGUACCUAAUUGCUGGGACAUGUCCAAAGUCAAAUCAGCUGUGAGUAGUAGCAGGUACUGCGGCAUACCCAGCUUCAAAUACUUCUUCAACUUGGACACCAUUCGAUACGCCCUCCCGGAAUUCGCCGGACCUAUGGAUGAUGUUUUGACCGCACCGGUAGUCAACAACAUCUCCUUCGUCUUUCCAAGCACUCCACUGAAUCAGGAGUAUCAGCCGCAGAUCUUCUGCAAUGGAUGCAACAAUGCAGCAGGACCUAGAAUCUGCCAGUGCACGCACGUCGUCCAAAUACCACUUUACAGUCUGGUUGAGCUCAUAAUAGUCGACGAAGGAUCCGUAUUCGAUCUGUCGCAUCCCUUCCAUCUGCACGGUUACGAAUUCGUGGUCAUCGGACAGGACCGACUCGGAACUAAUACCACCUUCCAGCAAGUAAGGGAUCUCGACAACAGAGGUUUAUUGAAGAGGAACUGCACGAAUCCAGUGAGAAAGGACACUGUCUCCAUUCCUGAUGGAGGCUACGUCAUAAUCAGAUUCUAUGCCGACAAUCCAGGUUACUGGCUCACCCAUUGCCACGUGGAGCAUCACAUGGAAGUCGGUAUGGGAUUCGUCCUGCAAACGGGACCAAACUUAAUUCCUCCUUUGAAUUUCCCACGGUGCGGAAACUAUUUAGGAUAG